AUGGCUUCAACCAGUAAUGUCAAUGAAACUUCCUCAGUUGCUUCUUCAGCUCCAGUAGCUUCUUCAUCAGCUGCUGCUAGGGUAAGGCCAAAAAAUGCAAAAGGGAAUAAAACUGAUCCAGCAUGGGAGUAUGCUAUUUCUACUGAACCAGGAUCAAGAAGGGUGCAAUGUAAAUUCUGUCAGCUUGCUUUUACAGGAAGUGCUUAUAGGGUUAAGCAUCAUUUGGCUGGAACGAGUAGAGAUGUUGCGGUUUGUCCGUCGGUUCCUCUGGAUGUUAAGAAACUUAUGCAAGAUAAGGUUAAUAAGUUACAAAAGAAGCUGCUAGAAAAAGCUAAUUUGAUAGUUGUCGAUGCUGAUGGUGACAAAGACGGUGCUGCUGAUGCUGAUCUUGAGAUUAUUAGUGGUGGGAGGGGAAAAAGAAAAAGUGCAGGGGAGAUAGCACAUAAGAACAUGUCUGAUGAAUAUCUUAAGAUGUUUGAACUUGUUGCAAAGCAUGGUAUAGGAUUUAAGCCACUCUCUUAUGAUGAGAUUAGAAAUAAAUAUUUGAAUUAUUUUUAUGGUGAAAUUGGUAAGGAUUUGGAAGCACACAGAGCUGUUUGGGAGAAAUGUGGUUGCAUAAUUAUGACUGAUGGUUGGACUGAUAGAAGGAGAAGAACUAUAUUGAAUUUUUUGGUACAUAGUCCAAAGGGAACUUUUUUUUUAAAGUCUAUUGAUCCAUCUGACAUUACCAAAACUGCUGAUAAAAUUUUUAAGAUGAUUGAUGAUGUUGUUGAAGAGAUUGGAGAAGAAAAUGUUGUCCAGGUAGUUACGGACAAUGCAGCAAAUUAUAAGGCAGCUGGUGAGUUGUUGAUGGAGAAGAGGCCACAUUUGUAUUGGACACCAUGUGCUGCUCAUUGUAUUGACUUGAUGUUGGAGGAUUUUGAGAAGAAGAUCCCUCUCCAUACAGAUGCAAUUUCAAAGGGCAAAACGAUCACCACUUAUAUUUAUGGAAGAACAAGUCUCAUAUCUUUGUUGCAUAAGUUUACUAAUGAUGUUGAUUCGAUUCGACCGGCAAUGACACAUUUUGCUACCUCUUAUUUGACAUUGGGGUGUUUGAAUGAACAUCAAAAUCAACUUAUUGAUUUGUUCAAGUCAAACGAGUGGAAGACUAGUAAACUUGCCAAGAGUAAAGAUGGAAAGAUCGUGCAAAAUGUUGUUUUAAGUAAGGUUUUUUGGAAGGAUGUUUUGAACUGUUUGAGGGGUGCUUUCCCACUUGUAAAAGUGUUGUGUAUGGUGGACUGGGAAGAAAAAGCAGCCAUGGGAUAUAUUUAUGAAGAGAUGGAUCGUGCUAAAGAGAAGAUUCGAACCAACUUUAGUGGCCAAGCUAGGAGCUAUAAUCCCAUAUGGAAGAUAAUUGAUGAUAGGUGGGAUAGGCAACUUCAUAGGCCAUUACAUGCUGCUGGCCUUUUCUUGAAUCCUAUGUUACGUUAUGCUCCUAAUUUCACAGUUGAUGAUGAGAUUCAACUUGAGGAUUUCAACGCAAAGGCUGGAAAAUUUGGUGAUGACUUUGCUACCUAUGCACUUGAAACUAAAACACCAACUCAAUGGUGGGAAUCUUAUGGAUCUGGACAUCCGGAAUUGCAGUGGUUUGCUAUGAGAGUACUUAGUUUGACAUGUAGCUCAUCAGGGUGUGAACGGAAUUGGAGUGCUUUUGAAAGGGUUUACACUAAGAAGAGUAAUCGCUUGAAGCAACUCAUGAUGAAUAAGGUUGUUUUUGUGAUGGUUAACUCAAAAUUGGGAAAGCCUAAGAAGGAGAGAAAGAGUGCUAACUAUGAGGUUCAUGAAAUUGAUUCCGAAGAUGAUGCGGAAGAGUGGAUUGAGAAUGUGGAGGAUGAUGAAGAUGGAGAAGAUGACAUCUCACUUGAUGUUGGACAAGGUGCUAGUAUUGGUGAUGAUUUGGAGCUGCCUUCCAUUGAUGAAGAAGGAGACAAUGAUGAUGAUGAAGUGGAAGAGAAUGAGGAUGAAUAUGAUGAUGACCCUUAUCAAGAAUUUCCUCCUGCCAUGGGAAUAAAUGAUGUCUUAAACUUAGAUGGGUAG